AUGACAUCCAGAAACUUCUUGGGUACAGACCCUCCUAUGUUUACAGGAGAAAACUAUCACAUAUGGGUGAUAAAGAUGAAGGCUUAUCUCAAAGCUCUUAGUCUAUGGGAAACAGUUGAAAGUGAAAAUGAUCCUCCUCCACUUGGACCAAAUCCAACUGUUGCACAAAUGAAGAAUUAUGAAGAUCCAAAGUCUAAGAAACCAAAGACACUCACUUGUCUUCAUUCAACAUUUUCAGAUGUGAUUUUCAUAAGAAUAAUGGCUUGUGAAACACCUAAAGAAGUAUGGGAGAAGCUAAAAGAGGAGUUCGAUGGAAGUGAUAGAGUAAAAUCUGUCAAACUCUUAACUCUCAAAAGAGAAUUUGAGAUGUUAAGGAUAAAAGAAGGAGAUACCGUGAAGGAGUACUCUGCCAAAAUUCUGGAAAUUAUAAACAAGAUAAGAUUAUUUGGUGAAACUUUUCCAGAUUCAAAGGUGGUGGAGAAGAUGAUGAUAAGCUUACCAGCAUGGUUCGAAUCCAAGAUUUCAGCAAUAGAGGAAUCUUGUGAUUUGAAGACUUUAUCCGUCGCAGAGCUGAUUAGAAAGUUGCAAGCCCAAGAACAAAAAACAAGUAUAAGAGAUGAAGAAGUAGAAGAAAUGGUAUUUCAAGCAAAGAAUAAAGACAAGUAA